AUUGGGCUAGGCCCAUGUGGGUAUGGACUCUCUCUAUUGCUUGCCCCAGGUAACAAAGCAAGAAGAAGACAAGUAUUUUCGUGUUACAUGGCCACGAAUGCGGGCUCUGUACUCGGCAACCUUCUUGGCUCUGCUGCCACAAAUGUCGCCGGCCAGCGGCCCGACUCGCCGCUCUCCACGAGGGCGCUAACCACCACAAUCAUCAACCACGUCCGCCUCGGCCGCCUUGCAAAAGCAGUCUCCAUUCUCUUCUCGUCUGCAGUUCCUUUUCCUUUCUCUGUUUACGCACAUCUCUUCAGAAUUUGCGCGUCAAACAGAGCCAUCGUCGAGACCCGGAAGCUCGAAUCGCAUUUAGUAACAUUCACUCCGAAUCCACCUGUGUUCUUGCUCAACAGGGCCAUAGAGACUUACGGGAAAUGCAAUUGCUUGGAGGAUGCCAAGGAGUUGUUCGACGAAAUGCCGACGAGAGAUGGCGGGUCUUGGAACGCUAUGAUAACUGCAUAUUCGAGGAAUGGGCGUGCCGAAGAUGCAUUGGGUUUAUUUUCCAAGAUGAAUGCGGAGGGGGUGCUUGCUAGUGAGGUCACGUUUGCGAGUGUUCUUGGGGCUUGUGGAGAUGUCUUGGAGCUUUGGCUGUCAAGGCAGGUGCAUGGCCUUGUUCUGAAAUAUGGGUUUGUGGGAAAUGUUAUCCUGGAGAGCUCACUCGUGGAUGUGUAUGGGAAGUGUAGGCGGAUGAGUGAUGCGAGGAGGAUGUUUGAUGAGAUCGAGAGUCCAAAUGAUGUCUCUUGGAAUGUGAUAGUUAGGAGGUAUCUGGAGGCUGGCGAGGGAAAUGAGGCGGUGAACAUGUUUUCUAAAAUGAUAAGAAUGAGGGUGAGGCCAAUGAGUUUUACCGUGUCCAAUGCCAUUCUUGCUUGUUUGAGUUUUGGUGGAUUUAAAGAAGGUAUUCAAGUUCAUGGAUUUGGCAUUAAGGUGAAUGUGGAGGAGAAUGAAGUGGUCUCAAGUACUUUAAUCAGCAUGUAUGCCAAGUGUGGGGAUUUGGAGAGUGCCAGGAGGAUUUUUGACUUGCCUUGUUCCAAAAAUCUGAUCAGCUAUACCUGUAUGGUGUCAGCAUAUGCUAUGAGUGGGAGAAUGACUGAAGCGAGACAGUUGUUUGAUGACAUGCCAGAACGGACUGUGAUAUCUUGGAAUGUGAUGUUAGCAGGUUACACACGGUUCUUCGAGUGGGAUAAAGCGCUGGACUUUGUAAUAUUGAUGCGCAAAAGGACUAAAGAAAUUGAUCAUGUUACACUUGGGUUGAUCUUGAAUGUGUGUGCAGCAAUUCCAGAUUUGGAACUGGGGAAGCAAGUUCAUGGAUAUGCAUAUAGGCAUGGUUUCUACUCCAAUCUUUUUGUUGGGAAUGCACUUCUUGACAUGUAUGGAAAGUGUGGCAACUUGAUUAGUGCUAGAAUUUGGUUCUACGAGAUGAGCCAUUUGCGAGAUAAGGUUUCUUGGAAUGCUUUAUUGACUAGCUAUGCUCGUCAUGGGUUGAGUGAAGAAGCAAUGGUGAUUUUCUGGAAGAUGCUGGGAGAGACAAAGCCAAGUAAAUUUACCUUUGGAACACUUUUGGCUGCUUGUGCAAAUAUAUUUGCACUUGCACUAGGUAAACAAAUCCAUGCGUUUAUGAUCAGAAAUGGUUAUGAUAUUGAUAUUGUCAUCAGUGGAGCUUUAGUUGACAUGUACUCAAAAUGUCGCUGUAUUAUAUCUGCCAUGAAGGUUUUCAAUAAGGCUGCUUCAAGAGAUGUGAUUCUCUUUAAUUCGAUGAUUUUGGGUUGUUCACAUAAUGGGAUGGGUGGGAAGGUAGUUGAACUGUUUGAGACAAUGGAAAAGGAAGGCGUUAAGCCAGAUCAUGUCACCUUUCAAGCUGUCUUGCGUGCUUGUAUUUCUGAUGGUCGAGUUGAACUGGGUAGGCAGUAUUUUGAACUAAUAAGUAAAAGAUACUGUUUGAUGCCUCAGCUGGAGCAUUAUGAUUCCAUGAUUGAGCUAUAUGGUCAGUAUGGAUAUAUGGAUGAGCUUGAGGUUUUUAUGGAAAACAUGCCUUUCAAACCGACUGCUACUAUGUUGACAAAAGUAUUUGAUUUUAGUAGAAAGUAUAAGUGCGUCAGGCUAGGAGAGUGGGCAUCUGAUCGACUCAAUGAAUUAAAUCCCUUGGUUCCAUUCCGAUUUGAAAUUUGAUAACACCUAAUUAGUUGCAUGAGAUACCCACAACUAUAUACGACCGAUAUACUGAAUUGUCUGGUCAUCAGAUAGAAGCCCAAGCAAUUGGGGGUUUCUGGCUACAGUGGAUGUGGUGACUUCCGGCACCUGUCCUGUCAGUAGAGGUCUACAAAGAGAAGCAUAUAUGGAAAAGCUGUUAAGCUUCAUUUUGUUCAAUUUGAGAAACAGAGCAUAUAUGAAAAACUAUUUACUGGAAAGAUGGCACUGCCACCAAUGGGCUGGAUACUGCUAUUGGAUUUGGAGCUAAACCACAAUUCUUUAGCAGCUCCAUGAUUAACUAGGAGAUUUGUGAAGGAUCAUGGACCUCAUCAAUUUCGCGGGCCAUGUAAGCAUUCCAGGAACUUGAAUGAUUGGUGUUUUGUUCACAAUUUGGUACACAAGUCUAUAUCAAAAUUUCUUUACAAAGCCAUGCAGAAAGAUGCUAUUGGGAUGUAAAAAUUAAAGAUUCUCCAUGUACAGGAUACUAGCAGAAUUUGUCGCAAGCAGCUUCUCAGGUCAGGAGAAGCAAUCAGGCUCUAUAUUUGGGAUCGCAUACACAUGUCAUCGUAUGAAUAUACAAAAUCACUUCUCUGAUUUUGUAUUGGUUGCAUGCACAAGGGAGCUAAGGGCUGCUGUAGGCUUGGUGUCGAUGAAAACCUCUUCUUAUAGAUCUUUGAGAUUCGGAGACAUCAGAGUAGUAGUAAGAGGCGAGGAUUUUCGCUACCAAAAACGGGCCAAAGAAGAAAAGGAGAUGGGCCGAAAACGAUUCUGAACAAAGCGUCAGUUUUUCCUAUGUCAUUGUAUCCUGUUAUAUAUAAGUAGGAGAUAGAGUGAUACUCCCUGUAUGUGGAUCAGCAUUUCAUUCAUUCAUCCAUCCGUCCAAUCUGUAGGUGGAAAGGCUGCGAACAAAAAAGUUUGAAAUAUCCCUCAUAACACCAA